AGAAAAUCCACCUUGUCGCAGAACUCUAUCGUUUGAAGCUCGAGAAGGAAUAAAGGACGACAGACACACAACCAAAAUGGUGAGUUGACAUGUUUAUUUGCGGGCCAGACCCUGCAUGGAGACCCGAAAGUCAAGACGCAACCAACCAAAACUCGCCAACCGCCCUGUUUUGUGUCCGUCGAUAAGUCCCGACUUUGAACAACACACCACAACAACGACCAUCCCACUUUCUUUCACCACACUUUCUCCUGCAGCACGACCAUCACACAGCGCAUAAUCGCAUACCGUUCAAGACUAAGACAAUGGAUCAGGCCAACACAACAAACUACAAGGAGGCUUUCGCUCUCUUCGACAAGCGCGGCAACGGUCGUGUCCAAAUCGACUCCCUGGGCGACCUUCUGCGCGCAUGCGGUCAGAACCCUACCCUCGCUGAGAUUGGCGACCUCGAGAAGAGCAUCGGCGGAGACUUCGACUUUGACUCGUUCUCAAAAGUUCUCAACCGCGCUGGCGGUUUCCGCGACCCCGGCGAGCCCGAGGAGUACUGCCGUGGUUUCCAAGUCUUUGACAAGGAGAUGACUGGCUUCAUCGGCGUCGGUCAGCUAAGAUACAUUCUGACCAACUUGGGCGAGAAGAUGAGUGAUGACGAAGUUGACGAGCUGCUCAAGGCUGUUGACACCAGCAGCGGCGAGAUUAACUACGUUGACCUUGUCAAGACCGUCCUCGCAAACUAAACGCCCUUUCCCACCGAUACCCACCUUUUUU